AUGCUGCGCUGGCUGCGGGGCUUCGUGCCGCCCGAGACGGCCUGCCAGGAGGACGAUGACUCCUUCCGCUACGAGAGCCUCUUCCGAGACUUGGACCGCCACGAGGACGGGGUGGUGAACAUCGUCGAACUCCAGGAGGGGCUGAAAAACUGGAGCUCCUCGUUUGACCUGUACUCGGAGACGACCUGGCACCUGCUCGCAGUCUUCAUCUCAACUCCAGAUCCUUCCAUUAUCCUGGGCGACUUCCGCAUCCACUUCACAGAUGAUCCAUGCAACAGGCAGGCUUCCAAGUUCCUUGACUUUGUAUGUCCGGUGACCUUCGCCUCCACACCUUUUCAGCAUCACCCUCAUGGCCCCACUUGGGCUUUACCGGGAGUGUGGGAGAUUCGGAGAUACUGGAGAGGGAACGUGGCUGGGGAGGGUCGGAGAAGACCGGCGGUGAGCGCGGCUCCCUCCCUGCAGCGCUUCCUGGGUGCCGCCGGGAGGCGCUCGGAGUCCCCGCCGGGCCCCGCGCAGACGCGCUGCGUCGCUGCCGUCUCGGUCCGCAGCCGCCGGGCGGCAGAAAGACUUUGCAGGCGUCGAAAGGUAGUGCUCCUAAAAGUUCCCGCUGCGACAUGGCCUUGGGGAUCAGGGGGCAGGCCACGUGCCCGCGAGAGUGCUUUCAAGCGCUACGAGUGCCGCACGCCCUUGGGCGAGAGGACGUCCUACCGGGCCCUGGGCCGCCACGCCGGCAGGGACAAAUGCAAGCUGAAGAGGCACAUGGUCACCCACCCGGGCGAGAAACCCGACGAGUGUUCCAUUUGCCACACUUGGUUUACCCAGAGUGGUUCCAUGGAGAUGCACAUGGCUCAGAAACACACUAAGAAUGUGGCAUUUUACUGUCCGCACUAUGACAUAGUCUUAGCCCGAAAACACGAUUUGGGCGCCCAUUUGCGAAAGCAGCAUUCCCCGAUGGAGCAGGGCAAGAAGUGCCCUGACUGUGCUUCCGUGUUGCUCCAGCUACGGGAAUGCCUUCCCAGCACCAAAUCCCGUGAAAACGAGGAGCGCUUCAAGUGUGACCAGUGCCAUUAUGCGUGCAAACAGAAACGGCACACGGCCUUACACAAAAGAACCCAAACUGGGGAGAAGCAUCUUAACUGUGGUCAUUGUGACAAGGCCUUCCGCAAUGUCAAGCUCCUCAGAGUGCGCAUCAGACAGCACCACGGGCCCGCAUUUACCCCUAGUGCUCCCGUCUGCUGGAAGUGUGGAAAAAUGUUUACAUCCCGGAGCAACUUGGCAAAACACGAUUGUAUUGGCCCCCGUGACAUAGAAGGCGAGAAUGGAGGAGAAAAUAAGAGUAAGUGUGUCACAAAGAGGAAAAUAUCCCCUAAGAAGGAGGUCUUCUUAAAGAGUGACAGCCCUGAGCCGGUCCUGGCCCACAGUGAGGAAGUGGUUAUGUUUGAGCAAGUGGGAACCACAGGUGCAGCCGGGGACUCAGUGAAAAGGGAUGCUGCCAGCAAAAGCCGCUUUCCCACUUAGCCCUAGCCCAUGGAUGUUUUUUCCAGGCUGAAAACCAGGACUCUGAGGCAAGGAGAGUGUAAUAAAAGAACGCGAUGCAGAGACGGAGGUGGUGAAGAGGCGUAGCCUCAUGGCGGAGAUUUUUAACCCUUCUCUCCUUCAUGGUGAAGGGGCGGUGCUUGUUCGUCGAUACGGGCGGGAUUGUCUUUAAAGAACUCAAACAUAAAUUAUUUUUCUUUCCUUUUUAGCUUUGGUAGACGCAUCCUUUAGUCUGUUUUACCAAACCUGCUGAGGUCUGUUAGAAAAAUGUGACUUUUCUAAAGUUUACUCUCUCAUGUUAGCAAAUAGCCUAUUAGGAUAACCCUUUUCCUUAAUCAUUUACUGUGAGUUGCUUAGGAUAGCAGUACAUUGAUCAACCGACAUGGAGACAUUUAUAGCAGCCAUUCCAUACAGGUGAACUGCUCCUUGACUGACACACAGUUUCCCAGAUAUUUACUUCUGCUUCCCAGGACAGUUCCUGUUGGAAAAUACAGACUUGAGAAUCGUUACACUUUUAUUUUUUUAGCUUUUAAUUUGUGUACAGACACUUAAAAUGCUUUCUUUAUCCUAAGCUGUUAAUUUUUUGUGUUAUUGAUGUUCAUUGUUUACCCUGUUUCUAAAUGACUCAGAGUGACUACAAAAAUGAUUCUUAUGGGUACCCUGGUAAAAUAGUGGAUCCAUUUCUAAAACCGUAAAUUAACUUACAAUAUUAAUUAUUUGAUGCUAAAUUCCAGAAUUAAAAAAAGAUAUCUUACAACUUUUGUAUAGCUCUUGUUUAUCAUCUUUUUAAUUCUUUUAAGGAAAUUUCAGGUCCUGAGAGCCUUUGAUUGCAUAAACAAUCACAUGCACACACCAGUUUAAAAUUAGUUGAGUGUGAAAAACUCACCCACAACUUCUUGAAAUGACAUACAUGGUAUAAAAUUUUGAAUUAGGGCAGCCUCUUGUCCAAUAAUGUUACAAACCAUACGGAUAAGCCACUGGCUAGUCAUAUGACCAUUGACAAAGCAAGCAGAAGAGUGACAGAACUAGCAUUUAUUGGUCAUUUACUUUGAGCUAGGUACUGCCUUAGGUACUUUAUUUACAAUUUCCAUUUCAUUUUAAAUUUAUGUUUUCUGUGCCUUGUGUAAAGAACGAGAGAAUAAAAGAGAGUGUCUAAGUUUGCCUUUAAUAAGAAUUCUGAUUCUACGGGGCUGGCUCCAUGGCCUAGUGGUUAAGUUUGGUGUGCUCUGCUUCAGUG